AUGUCGGGCUCAAGUCAGCGACACAGUGAUGUCACAGGAUAUCUAAUACUCUUGGUUGCCGUAGCCACGCUAGGUCCUCUUCAAUACGGAUAUCACUUGGCUGAGCUCAAUGCCCCUCAAGACGUUAUAACCUGCCAUAGCUUAUUAGAAAGACGAAAUGUCUCUUCGAAAUCUCUCUCGAACCCUUCGCAAUGCAUCCCCAUGACUGAAGCGGAAUUUGCAGCUUUAUCAUCAAUUUACAUACUAGGGGGUUUGGUAGGCGCAAUAACAGCCGGGCCAAUUUCGAGUAGCCAUGGAAGACUACUGACAAUGCGAAUCACUGGGAUUUUCUUUAUUUUAGGCUCCUUGAUAGAAACUAUCGCAGAGUCAGUCCCUGUCAUGUCAACUGGACGUUUUCUAGCGGGGCUAGGGGCUGGCGCGGCCACAGUCGUAGCACCAAUGUAUAUUUCGGAAAUCUCACCAGUCGAAAAGAGAGGUUUAUUCGGAACCAUGACUCAAGCUAUGAUCAGCGUGGGAAUUUUCGUCACUCAAAGUCUAGGAUACUUCUUCAGUAGGGGUAUGCUCUGGAGAAUCAUACUUGGAGUCGGGGCUGGCUUUGGCCUCUUGCUUGGGGCUGGGCUUUGUUUUAUUCCAGAAAGUCCCUCAUGGCUAGCAUCACACCAUAAUCCUACGCUUGCUGUAAAAACGCUGCAGCGCAUUCGAGGCGCUGGUACCCCUAUUCACAAAGAAACGGCGGGCUGGAACGUGCAAGAGAUUAACGCAGAAGAGGAGCGCCUUAUACGCCCAACCGACUUGAGCUCUACAUCUCAAUAUGACCAGCAGAACUUAGCCACAUCCAACCUAAAGCUGCCAUCAGUUGGCUUUUUUGGCGUGAUACAAAAUCCAUUAUACCGUCCUGCCAUCAUGGCAGUCUGUGGAAUUAUGAUCGCACAGCAGUUGAGUGGCAUUAAUAGUAUCAUGAUGUACUCAGUGUCUCUACUACGCGGUGUUCUUCCUAUAUCAUCAAUACUACUAACCAUUGUCAUGUCAGCCAUGAAUGUCAUCACCACGAUUGUCUGCGCCCCGCUUGCUGAUCGAAUAGGUCGCAAGAGUUGCCUUUUAUUGUCGAUUGCCGGAAUGGGGACAAUGUCCUUAUUAUUGGCAAUAUCUCUCCGAAUGGAGUGGAAGCUAUUUUCUGCCAUAGCUGUGAUUUCGUUUGUUGCCUUUUUUGCGACUGGGUUAGGACCAGUCCCUUACAUUAUGGCAUCGGAAUUAGUUGGACAAGAAGCAGUUGGAGCAGCACAGAGUUGGGCCCUAGCGGCAAAUUACCUGGCAAGUUUUUUGGUAGCACAAUUUUUUCCCUUACUAAAUUCAUGGAUGAAUAACCGUUGGGGUGGGGCCGGAUGGGUGUAUUUUAUUUUCACGGCAUUAGCAGGCGUUAGUUGGGUAUUUGUCACGUAUUACAUACCCGAGACAAAUGGAAAAUCGGGGCCUGACGAAGUGUGGGGUCGCACAACUGGAGAAGUAGCGGAUUAG